AUGAAAGGCCAUCUCCGAAGAUGGGGUAGCUCAGUUACAGCGCAGCCAUCACCAAUAUCAUCUAGUCAGACUAUAUUCUCUGGGAUCCAGCCAACUGGUGUGCCGCACUUGGGGAAUUAUCUGGGUGCUUUGCGUGAAUGGGUCAGGCUACAGGACAAUGCUACCGAGGGGACGAGAUUGUUUUACUCCAUCGUCGACUUGCAUGCCUUAACUGUACCACAAGAUAGGUGUCAAUUAAAGAAGUGGCGUAGGGAGGCGUUUGCGACACUUCUCGCUGUAGGCUUGAACCCCGAUCGCUCAACCAUUUUUUACCAGUCGGCUGUUCCUGCUCAUACUGAAUUAUAUUGGAUCCUGAGUACGGUAGCUUCUAUGGGAUACCUAUCACGGAUGACUCAAUGGAAGAGCAAGUUGCAACUACCGGAAAACACAAGCCUGGAUCAUUCAGCUGCCAGGUCUAAGCUACGGCUUGGCUUAUUCUCUUACCCUGUAUUGCAAGCAGCGGACAUCUUAGUGCACAGGGCUACUCAUGUACCUGUUGGGGAGGAUCAAAGACAGCAUCUUGAGUUUUCUAGGUAUACUGCUAAUAGCUUUAACCAUCUCUACGGUCAUAUCUUCCCAUCUCCAGAGGCACUCAUCUCACCUGCGAAGCGAGUUAUGUCUCUCAAAGAGCCCACCUUGAAAAUGUCCAAGUCGCACGCCGACAGCCGAUCGAGGAUCCUCCUUACUGAUUCACCUUAUGAUAUUCAUAGGAAAGUUAGGGCUGCCCUAACUGACUCAGACGCAAGCAUAACUUAUGAUCCUGUCCGCCGGCCGGGCGUUUCUAAUCUUAUAGAAAUUCUAAGCCAUCUCGACGGAAGAUCCUGCGACGACUUAUCUUUGGAAUACAAAUCGGCGAGCCUUCGGGCUCUUAAAGAAGACCUGGCAGGUCGAAUCUCUGAUCACCUGCAAGGAAUAAGAGAGCGGUACUAUUCGCUCAUGGAAGACAACUCUGGUUAUCUGGAUACUGUCACAGAGCAGGGUGCCCAGGCUGCACGUGCCAAUGCCGAUGUGACUAUGAAACAGAUUAGAAAAGCCAUGGGGCUGUGA